AUGUCGACCGUCAGGUUGACUUUUCUCUAUCCGCAGCUGUUUCGCUCCGCCCGAGUUGGCGAGUCCGCAGCUGCUGCCCAUGCAGCUGUGAGAGCUCGUGCCCCCAGAGCUGCGUCUUCCGCAUCGCGGCCUCGUCGCCAACGUGCAGCGCCUUUUUCGACAACAUCCUCAGCCAAGAAGUCAGCCUUUGCUCCACGCGUCGGCAAGGCGGUAGAACCAAGGCCUCUUGGCGACACGCAAGCCGCGCCCGCUCUUGAGGCGCCCGGAAAGGUCGACGACGCCGCCCCACCUGCAUCGAGCGAGUCCCCAGCCGCAGAAGAGACAAGGGAGAGCACUCCGGAGCAGAAGAAAGAUGCCGCGCAGAAGCUAGACCCGGCCGUCGAACCGAAGAAGGAGACGCUGAGCUUACCGGGCGAGUCGUCCAAGGACAAGGCCAAGGACGAGGACAAGGCAAAGGAGCAGGACAAAGACAAGGAGGAUGCGGCAACCCAAGACGCGAGCGGCAAGAAGAAGGGCGGCGGCAGCGGGCCCAUGGACGCGAUCCUGCACCUGGAGCCGCCCGAGUCCAAGGAGCACAAGCCGCCGCACCUGACGCCGCCGCCCUACGUGCAUCACUUCGACAGCUACUCGCUGGUCAAGCAGCUCGAGGUGGGCGGCUACACGCAGGACCAGGCCAUCACGGCCAUGAAGGCGGUGCGCGCCAUCCUCGCGCAGAACCUCGACGUCGCCCAGGACAGCCUCGUCAGCAAGAGCGACGUCGAGAACGAGACGUACCUGUUCCGCGCCGCCUGCUCCGAGCUCAGCACCGAGAUCAAGAACAGCAGCCGCGUCGCCGACGAGCAGCUGCGCCAGCAGCGCACGCUGCUGCAGCACGAGGUCGACAUCUUGACCCAGACCCUGAACCAGGAGCUGCUGACCCUCAACGAUAACGUCAGGGGCAUGUUCAAUGACCGCAAGAUGGCGGUGCGGGAGGAGCAGAAGGCUGCUGAGAGUGCGAUUCAACAAAUCAACUACAAGAUCAGCGUCAUCCUCAACAGUGACUCGAGAUCAGAAAUUGAGGGUGUUCGAUGGGUACUCAUCAGGCGAUCGGUCUUGGGAAUUAUAUUCAUGGCCAUCCUUACCCUGGGCACCCUGCGUUACUCUAGCUAUCUGGGGCAUGAGAGGCAGAAGGAGGCCGAACAGAAGGCCAAGGAGGCAGAGACACUCCGCAUGAAUGCAGGGAGACACGAUCAGAGCUCGGCGCCAGACGCGGCCGAGAUCCUCGCGGCGAAUUGA